ACAUUAAGUCAUUCGAGUGAAAAGUGUGAACGGAACGAAUUAUCUUGAACCAAAAAAAAAAAGAAAUAAAAAAUGUUUUUCAAAACUCUCAUCGUAGCUUUGUCUAUCGUCACAGUUUAUAGUCGUGUAAUACAAGUUAAGAAUACUGGAUCGGUAUCUCUUUUAGUUUCAGUUACCGAUCAAAGUGAUAUCACAGUUUUGACAGGAUCAACCGCUCUAGUCACAGUAUCAGAUGACUUCUCUGGAACCAUAUCAGCUUUACCCGCAGAUUCUGAAAGUACUGAUAUUCCAAGGACGAAGGUUGAGUUGACAUUGAGCGUUACUCAGGACACCUAUUCAGUUUCUCUAGUUGAAGGUUUCAAUUUGAGGGCUAAGGUGAUUCCCUUGCAAGGUACCGACUGUUCCACAGCUCUGUGCUCUGCCAAUCUACUUGCUAGUUGUCCAGCUGCCAAUCAGGUGUUGAACACGUUAGGAGUUGUAGUUGCUUGCACCAAUUCUCCAGUAGUAUUCAAGACCAUCUGUCCAAAAGCAGUGGUGACCUCUGACGAUGUCGCCAACGUACUCACCUGUCAGGCUCAAUCCUACUUGAUCAUUUUCGGCUAACCUCGAGGGAUUUAGGACUUAACGAAUUUUAGGAUUUUCAAAUUGUAAAAUAUUUCAUUUAUUUUUGUACAUGUAGUAAUGCUAAUAAAAUUAUCUUGAAGUGGA